AUGGCGGUGGGUGGCAAUGUAGGUGGUGGGUGGUUGUGGGUGAAGAAGAAUGAGGGUAUAAAUUUUUUAACAGCUGUGCAGAUGAAAUUACCCCUCAAAAAAUCUUCAGGGGAAGUUGUCCCCAACCCGAGCCCUAGAUCUAAGGAUGGAUCGAAGCCAUCAUUUACCACGCCCACUCCUCCAGCGUCACCUUGGUCCGGGAGGUCUUUCCUAGAAGCUCUGAAGAAGAAACCAAGCAAAAAGGACUUCUACGACGACUCUGAGGAGGAAAUGGAAAUAGCUGAAGAAAGCCUAAAGAAAGAAAAAGAUACGAGGAAAGAGGCAGAAAUUGCAGCCUCGAAAUUCCCGAGAGUGACAAUAGAGAAAGGAAAGAAUCCUGACUUCUGGAAGCCUUGGAGGAAAAGUCUAAUUAUCAAAGUGCUGGGACGAACGGUUAACUUCCGAGCUCUCGAAAUGAAGUUGAGGGAACUUUGGAAGCUGGACCAGUAUUUUGAAUUAAUAGAUCUGAAAAAUAGCUGCUUUAUCACUCGGUUCCUAAACAAGGAAGAUUAUAAAAAGGUUUUAGAGGAAGGACCCUGGAUGUUCCAGGAUAACUAUGUCACCAUAAGCAAAUGGAAGCCAGACUUCAGGCCAGCACAAGAGGAUAUCAAGACAACGCUAGCCUGGGCGGUGAAGGUGGACAGCCAAACGCUGGAGGUGGCUAGGAGGAAGUAUGCGAGGAUUUGCGUUGAAGUGGACUUAAAAAAGCCAUUAAUACCUUUUAUUUGGGUGAAUAACGAUUUGCAAGCGGUUGAAUACGAAGAGCUGGAUGCAAUCUAUUUUGAUUGUGGCCAAUAUGGUCACAUUGCUGCUAACUGCCUCAAGAACUCCAACAAUAGAGGAGGCAAGGAUGCACAGGUUAACCCUGUGGCUGGGAAGGGUCACCGGACAGAGACGAGGGUAGCACCAGAGGCUAACCCCUAUGGGCCCUGGAUGCUGGCAAAAUAG